CGGGAUUUGCUGUUGUAAAGUGUGACAGCUACAGGCUUAUCGAUGUUAGCUUUCAGAAUUUCCCUGAGGGUUUCAUUAUCCUGGUCAAGCCGGACGCCGUUCAGUGCAACGAUAAAAUCAAAAAAAGCUUCGAUUCCAGCAGCAGCACCAGGGGAGUUUUCUUGCACUCGGAGGACAUGAUAUCCUUCAGUUCCACCGCCCGGAAUUUCAACACUUUGGCUUAAUCCCAUCACAAACACGCCUUGCACGCACCGAAAACGUUCACGAUCUGCGCGAUAUUCUUGCCGAAUUCGCGAAGAUACUGUAUUUUGAUUUAAAGUCGGAGAAACAAGGUCAAAACUAAUUUUUGGAAACGUUGGACAUGAGCAUCAAUUACCACAUCACGCAGUAAAAUCACAUGAACGUAAAAAACUUCACAGAAACCCAUUCGUAAAAAUCUUCGCACUCUUGUUCUGAACAAUCGCUUUUUCACCAUGCAUGAUGCACAUUCACAUCAUUCUAAAGACGUACAUCGCCAUUUUGGAUUUUCGUGACGCGCCAAAAUAAUCAAAGUGCAGAGAAAGCAAUCCACUUGUAGGAAACUUCAUCAUACUGAGUCCGCUAGUGUUUACAUCUCCCACGGAAUUGAUGCUGCAACUCAACACCGAAGUAUCAGUAACCGGAGCAAAUGUUUAUCUUACACCAAAUAUUGGAUUUUACCUACCAGUAUAAUCCAAUUUUGGUCGUCAUUCGCCUUCAUGCGUCUAUCUCCCCGCCAGAAAGAAUGGCGAACGCUGCUUUGGGGGCAAUAAUUUUUGCAAACGUUUUGCUAGUGGUUUUGUCCGUUCAGAAUAGUACACACAAUACAUCUGCGGUAGACGGUGAGUUAUAUUGUCCAAAUGAAUGUUCCUGCUCUGGAGACACCCUCCGUUGCAAAAAUAUUGCCGUGGUUAAUUCUACCUUCGCUUUUGCCAAAACAACAAGGAUUCUGGAUUUCAAAUUCACCGCUGUUCAAGAAGUUCCUCCAGGAAUAUUCCAACAAUUCGGAGAUGUGCACACCCUGAUACUGAGUAGCAACGAAAUCCAUCAGCUUAGGAGAGGGGCUUUCCAAGGGCUACAUAACCUGAAGUACCUGCAUUUGUACAAAAAUCAGAUUUUCGAAAUGGAAGCAGACGUUUUCGUGGAUACCCCCAACCUGGAGCACUUAUAUUUGCACUACAAUAAACUCAAGUCGUUGCAGAAAGGAGCUUUCGCAAGUCUGUCGAGGAUGCAACGCCUACGGUUAGAUGGAAAUCCUCUUCACUGCAACUGCAGUUUGAAAUGGAUGAUCGAGCUACUGGCAUCUCCAGCCAGAGGGGGAUUCGUCAUGGCUGGAACAUGUGCGGCUCCACCGGCACUUGAUGGAUGGGAUGUGCAUUCUGUUUCACUCGACAAACUCAACUGUACAAAACCUCCACAUCUUGCGUCUUCACGAGAUUAUCUCGAAUGGGUAGAAAAACCUUUCAGUCAAGCAAUCCCAGUGGCAAGCGCAGAUGUGGUCGAGUUCCGCUGCGAUGGUGUAGGUUAUCCCGAACCGGAAUUUUUCUGGCAAAAGGAUGGGUUCCCAUUAACCAAUUCCAGCAGAAUUUCAAUUUCAACAGAUGGUAAGAUCUCAAAAGCUGCACUUAUACAAAAUGUCUACAGCGUACUGAUGUUGAUUCUAGGUAAAAUUUUGAGUUUGUCGGAAGCCAGGACCUCGGACAAAGGAAGAUAUGAUUGCAUUAUUAGAAACGCUGUCAAGAACCUUACAUCGUCGGCUAACCUACACGUUCCAAAUGACAUAAAAGCUCCGAAAUUCGUAGAAAAACCGCCCCAAAGCCUCACUGCUUCGGUCGGAUCCAACUUGACCUUGUUCUGCAUCAUAGACGGAAACCCAGUGCCAAAUAUUCAAUGGACUUUCAACGAAUUCAGGGUGACGGAGUCACCUAAUAUUAGGUAUUUGCAAGCAGACAAUUUUCUAGAGAUGGCCGGUGACAAUAAAUUAAAUGUCGGCAUACAUAGACGCAAACGUUUCCAAAACGGGGUGAACUUGCAAUCCAUCACAAUCGUAUCAGCGACAGAAAUCAAUUCCGGAACCUACGAAUGCGUGGGCAUGAAUGACGUCGGGCUCACCAGUAGCAGGACCCAAGUCGAAAUUAUAACGCCUCACAAGGAAUUUUCAAAUCAAAAUCUUACCGAGAAUAGGCGUGACUUUCUGGCCAGCACGGUUUUGGCUGCGAGAGAGUCAAUUGAAACAGCCGUUGAGGACACAGUGAUGAGGAUUUUGCAGCGGCGAGACGACGACGGGCAGCCAUCAAGUCUGUUGCAGGUUUUUCAGAACAGGAACAGCACCGCGAGACAAUUAGCAACUGCCGGGGAGGUUUUCGAAAGAACUCUGGCCAUCAUUGACAAACAUGUCCAAGCCGGAUUGUCUUUUAACGCCGAAGAUUUCUCGUACAAAAAUGUGCUGAACACCUAUGAGCUCAAUCUGAUCAGCACGCUUAGUGGCUGCAAUGAGCACAGGCACCCUGUGUCCUGCUCGGAUCACGUUUACCACGAAAAAUACAGAUCAAUCGACGGCACUUGCAACAAUUUGCAGAAACCCUUCUGGGGUGCAUCGUUAACGGGAUUUCACAGACUCAUCCAGCCAAUUUACGAGAACGGACUCAACACUCCUAUUGGCUGGAAUAUUGGGAAGCUUUAUCACGGAUUCCCGAGACCGAGUGCGCGGCUAGUAUCGACUUCAGUCAUCAGUUCCAGAUUUGUCCAACCCGACGAAUUCAACAGCCACAUGGUAAUGCAGUGGGGACAGUUUUUGGACCAUGAUCUGGAUCACGCCAUCCCAUCACUCGCAACAGCUUCCUUCAGCACGGGAGUUCCAUGCAACAGCACUUGCCUCAAUGAUCCUCCUUGUUUUCCAAUAACCAUUCCUGCGGGAGACUUGCGCAUCAGGAACAGGGGAUGCAUGGAAUUCACGAGAAGCAGCUCUGUGUGUGGAUCAGGAACGACCUCGAUUUUCAUGAACACUGUCACUCCAAGGGAGCAAAUCAAUCAAGUGACGGCAUUCAUAGAUGGUUCUCAGGUACACGAUAUUACGGUAUACGGGUCAACAGAGGGAGAAGCCAGAAUUCUUCGAAACUUCACAGGCGACGGACUCCUCAGAGUUGGACUUCCAGGGCCAACAGGCAAAGGAUUGCUGCCGAUCAACGAGAACAACCUGCCUAUAGACUGCAGAAGAAACCCAAGCAUAGAUGAAUCGGAAAUCCAGUGCUUCUUGGCGGGGGAUGUUCGAGUGAACGUACAAGUUGGACUGACGGCAAUGCACACUUUGUGGCUCCGGGAGCACAAUCGAAUCGCCAACGUUUUAAAGACACAGUCACCGUCGUCGUCCGGGGACGAAAUUUUCGCGGUAGCGAGAAAAAUCGUCGGAGCCGAAAUGCAAGUUAUCACGUAUGAACACUGGCUGCCUAAAAUACUAGGACCACAGGGCAUGGCGAACCUGGGAAGCUACACCGGCUACAACUCCAGCUUGGAUCCAUCCAUUUCUAACGUCUUCGCCACAGCGGCAUUCCGAUUCGGCCAUGCGCUGGUGAACCCUGUGCUCCUCAGAUUAGACCGGAACUUCUUACCAGAUUCCGCAGGCCAUCUACCACUUCACUUGGCGUUCUUUUCUCCUUGGAGAAUCAUCAACGAGACUGGGAUUGAUCCUCUUCUCAGAGGGCUGAUGGUGUCUCCCUCGAAAAGCAGGAAACCCGUCGAUGAAUUCAUGAACGUUGACUUGACAGAAAGGUUAUUUGAGGGCGCGCACAGGAUACCUCUGGAUCUGGCAGCAAUAAAUAUUCAAAGGGGACGAGACCACGGACUACCAGGAUAUGGAGCCUGGAGGAAACAUUGCGGGUUUGGAGAGCCGCAGAAUUUCGAUGAACUUUGGGAUGUCAUUCGGAACGUGAAGUUGAGGGAGAAACUGUUCCAACUGUACGGACACCCCGGAAACAUGGAUCCAUGGGUAGGCUUCUUAGCGGAAGACCCACUACCUGGCUCUGUCCUCGGACCGACUCCCCAAUGCAUCAUCGUUGAACAGUUCAAGAAACUUCGAAACGGGGACAGAUUCUGGUACGAAAAGCCCGGAACUUUCACGCCGCAACAACUUCAAGAAAUCCGAAAAACCACUCUCGCCAAAGUAAUAUGCGAUAACGGCGAUGACAUCGAGGUAACUACUCCAGACGUGUUCACUGUGCCUGCCAAACAAUCUCCUCAUUUCAUUCCCUGCUUCGCUAUUUCCGGCAUUGACCUCACGGCGUGGCGGACUUCGUGAAACAACAAAAAAUGUUCCGAAAUUUGUGUUCAUACUUCAAAUGCGUGAAGGAAUCCUUCGUGGAUCACUUAAUUUUUCCGCUUGCUUUUCAAAUAAAAUCUGAAUACACGAACAUGGAAAGACCCGGAAUGCCUUAAAUUCCAUUCGCGAAAUAAAACUUUGGCAAUGAAUUCGAAAUACCCAUCCCACAAUUGACUCAGAAGAUCACGAAGCAUUUGUGCAAAUUGACUAUAUGAGAUACGAGUACAAUACUUGAAUGAACGGACGACAUUAAAGCCAAGACUUCUUUGCAAUAAAAAGAAGCUUUCUGGUCGA